CCCACUUCACCGAAUUACAUAAUUCAGAGACUUAUGGGUAUCUUUAAUCCUUCCUUUCUAAUCUUUAUAUCACCUCUUCUUUUCAGUAUUUUUCUCUGUUUUUCCACUCUUAUCUUUCCCAUGUUCAUCCAUCAAUCAAUUGUUUUGAUUAUGCGUCUUCUGCAGAAAACCUAUUCCAAAUUGGGUUUUGGUCUGGAUUUGUUAGUCAAUGGAAGCAACCUUGAUUCUGUUGUUCCUGAUAAUCUGAAAUACUUGGAAGAUCUUGGAAUUACCCACUUCAAGUGCUCUCAGUCAGAUUCCAAGGACAAGGAAGACGUCGAAUGUGCAGUGUGUUUAUGCAAGAUUGAAGAAGGGGAAGAGAUAAGGGAGUUGAGAUGUGAGCAUCUGUUCCAUAGGGUUUGCUUAGAUAGAUGGGUUGGAUUUCAACGCAGUACAUGUCCACUUUGUAGGGGUUCUCUUGCACCCAGGAGAGUUGUUGCUGGUAUUGGAGAGGAACAAGGUUUUGCAGAAGAGGUGAUCUUGAAAUUCACAUUUUUCUCUGGUUAUGUUGGUCGAUGUAGAUGGUGGUUGAGGUGAAU